AUGGUUCUUCACCGGCUCAUGUCUGUCAGCGCGCAUUUUUUUUUCCCUUUUUUACCCGUGGCGUGUGCGUGUGUGUGUGUGUGGGAUGGACAAAUAGGAAGGGUUAGGGUAGUUGUUGCGCGGGACGUUUCCGCAAGGAUGGGCGGGGAGGAGGAGCAGGCGGAGGAGAUUCGGCGUUUGCUGCACUGCGCCGCCUCGAAAGCCGACGCCUUUGCCAUUCUGGGGCUCGAUGCGCAGUCAUGCGCGUUGUCUGACAUCAACCGCAACUUCCGGAAGAUUGUGCUGAAGGUUCACCCCGACAAGUGCACCCUGGCGAAGGCCGCCGACGCCUUUCAUGUCGCUGAGAAUGCACACAAGCUACUGAGCAAUGAGGCCGUUCUCGUGCGGCUGAAGAUUGCCCACAAGAAGAAGCAGGAAAGGGAGGAAGAGGAGGCGGCGCGGCGGCAGGCGACUGCAAGCGCCGUUGGUGGAGGCGGCACCGUUGGCACGGUGGAUGAGGCUAACUUGUCGAAGGAAGAAAGAGUUCGGCUGCGACGUCGUGAGCAGCUUGUGGAGCAGCAGUUGGAGGCCGCACGGCUGGCGGAAGAGGCGGCACGAAAAAAACAGCGCGUGGAGCGAGAGACAAGGGAGCGUGCAGAACUCGCUGCAGAGUUGGAGCGGCAACGGAAGGAGUGGAAAGACUUGAAUCUUUUCUAA